GGAAAGAGGAAGCGGCAGCCGGGUGUCGUCGCCACCGCCGCUGCUUCUGUCGCGGAGCAUUCAGGCGGGAUGGUUUAACAUGAGGAAGAGACCCUCGACCUCUUCAGUCCGCCGACCCUCCCCCUUCCCUCCUCGGGUCGGUGACACGGAACGAGGGGGAGUGGUGCCUGGGUGGCCCGAGUCCCUCUCCGGAGGCAGUUGUGUGGCGGGACUAGACUUCCAGUGCUCUGGCCGGGCUUCUGAGGCCCUGGAGAGGGGCGGGUGUUUCUAGUCUUCCUGUGGUGAUCAGAAGUAAACAUUUUGUUUCUGGACUUGGUAACAUGGCAAAAGAUGUAAGUAUAGCUGGUCUCAUUGAAGCUAAUGGAGAGUUAAAGGUUUUUAUAGAUCAAAAUCUUAGCCCAGGAAAAGGUGUUGUUUCAUUAGUAGCUGUUCAUCCCUCAACACUUGGAAAACAGCUUUUGCCGAAAACGUUUGGACCAUCGAAUGUCAACAUUGCACAACAAGUGGUUAUUGGUACACCACAGAGACCAUCAGCCCCAAAUACUAUUUUAGUAGGAAGUCCACAUACUCCCAAUACACACUUUGUAUCACAGAAUCAGACUGCAGAUUCUUCACCGUGGUCUGCUGGGAAACGAAACAAAAAGGGAGAGAAGAAUGGCAAGGGUUUACGACACUUCUCUAUGAAGGUUUGUGAGAAGGUUCAGAGGAAAGGAACUACCUCAUACAAUGAGGUAGCAGAUGAGUUAGUUGCAGAAUUCAGUACUGCAGAUGCUCACAUCUCACCAAAUGAAUCGCAGGCUUAUGAUCAGAAAAAUAUAAGGCGACGAGUCUAUGAUGCCUUAAAUGUUCUUAUGGCCAUGAACAUUAUUUCCAAGGAGAAAAAAGAAAUCAAAUGGAUUGGCCUACCUACUAAUUCAGCUCAGGAAUGCCAGAAUUUAGAGGUGGAGAGGCAGAGAAGACUUGAAAGAAUAAAGCAAAAACAGUCACAACUACAAGAAUUAAUUCUUCAGCAAAUUGCCUUCAAAAAUCUUGUUCAGCGAAAUCGUCAUGCAGAGCAGCAAGCAAAUAGACCACCAACUUCUAAUUCUGUCAUUCACUUGCCAUUUAUCAUAGUGAACACCAGCAAGAAAACUGUAAUUGAUUGCAGUAUUUCUAAUGACAAGUUUGAAUAUCUAUUUAAUUUUGAUAACGCAUUUGAAAUACAUGAUGAUAUUGAAGUAUUGAAGCGCAUGGGAAUGGCAUUUGGACUGGAAUCUGGAAGUUGCUCAGCAGAAGAUCUAAAAAAUGCAAGGAGCUUGGUUCCUAAAGCUCUUGAACCAUACGUGACGGAAAUGGCUCAGGGAUCAAUCAGCAAUGUGUAUGUCUCAUCCUCAUCAGGUUCAGCUUCAAAUGGGACAAGAUUUUCUAACAGUGACUACUCAAACGGAGGAGAUGGAAUGUUGGCUACAAGUUCCAAUGGAUCUCAAUACAGCGGCUCCAGAGUAGAGACACCAGUGUCUUAUGUUGGGGAUGAUGACGAUGACGAUGAUGAUGACUUUAAUGAGAAUGAUGAUGAUGACUGAUACUUUUUGCCUGUAGACUUUUUUAUUUUUAAAAUUCAGCAAGCGGCAGGAAUAAAUUCUAGGAAGAGAUUGUCAAAAUUGUCCCAUCAAGGAGAUACUGGUAAGAGUCUGAAUUUAGAAAAUUGCACCUCCAAUAAAGUAAAGAUUGUUUGUUUUUUAUGUAGAUUUUUUUACAUGUGAUGAGGAUGUGUGUGUUAAUACCAGUGUGUUAAUGCAGAACUUUUAUUUACUUUUGCUUAGGAUUUUUAACUUGAAGGAAAAUGCAUUUUGCCCCUAAAUGUUGUCAUAAAGUUUGAAAUGUAGCCACAUUUAAUGGAAAAUAAAAUCUGUCCACCUGUCAAAAUGCAUAUAUGAAUGGCAUUUUAUUGAGAUUGAAUUUAGGUGACAUCGUAUUGAUGCAUAGUAAUUAAAUGUAAUACUAUAUUUUGCUGAUCAUGCCAUGUCCAAAGAAUCAAACAAAAAAUGAUCUUUUAAAUGUUAGUUUGCAGAAAUUGUAUGAAUUUAUUUCCCUUUUUAAAAUUAUACUGAUCAUUGUAAGCCCAUCAAAUUCUAUAUACUAUGUUUGCUGAAGUUAGAAAUAUGAGUUAUGAUUUGGGGGCAAAUGUUUACUGCCAGGCUGGUAUAGCUGUGUAAAUGUCUUGAAAGUUUAGAAUGAGUUUUGCUUAUGAUAAAAAUUUGCCUGAUUUCUUACAGGCAGAUUUUGAAAACAAUUUGUUACAUAGUUGUUUACAUACUUAGAAGUCUAUGGUAUAAAAGACAUGUACUGAAACAAAUGGUUUAUAUUUGUUUCAUAAACAUCUUCCAGUAAUCUAUUAUAAAGUUGAAAUUAAAUAUAGAGAAUGUUUUAUGUUUAACUCAAAACUUGUCAAUCACUUUUAAUACUUCAUUUUUUAUAAAAAAAAACAGAACAGGUAGUAGUCUUUUUAAAUUUAUUCACACAGAUUUAACUGCACAAAUACUGUCAGCUGCCUGUUUUAAGACAGAAGUCUUUUUACUGAAACACAAAUAAAUUUUCUGUAAUAUUUUAUGGCAUAUAAGCAGUUUGUUUUACUUGUUUAAUUGUGGCACUAUUAGUUUUUAUUAAUAAAACACGCGUGGGCAUUUUUAACAAAUA